GUGCAGCGGCGGGUUGACCGGUGCAGUGGCGGGCCGGCAGGUGCAGCGGCGGGCCGGCAGGUGCAGUGGCGAGCCGGCAGGUGCAGCGGCGGGCCGGCAGGUGCAGGCGGCGGGCCGUAGGGUGCAGUGGCGGGCCGUAGGGUGCAGUGGCGGGCCGACAGGUGCAGCAGCGAGGCCGGCAGGUGCAGCGGCGAGGCCGUCAGAGGCGGCAGGCCGCUGGGUGCAGCGGCGGGCCGGCAGGUGCAGUGGCGGGCCAGCAGGUGCAGCGGCGGGCCGUAGGGUGCAGUGGCGGGCCGGCAGGUGCAGCGGCGGGCCGGCAGGUGCAGUGGCGGGCCGGCAGGAGAGGCGGCGGAGCCGCGUCAGGGGAGGCGGCAGGGCCGCGUCAGGGGAGGCGGCGGAGCCGCGUCAGGGGAGGCGGCGGUGCCGCGUCAGGGGAGGCGGGGGAGCCGCGUCAGGGGAGGCGGCAGGGCCGCGUCAGGGGAGGCGGCGGGGCCGCGUCAGACAGGCGGCGGGGCCGCGUCAGGAGAGGCGGCGGAGCCGCGUCAGGGGAGGCGGCGGGGCCGCGUCAGGGUAG